AUGGAAUCCUCUCCUCUAACUCAGCAGACCCGGCCCGAAACCUUCCAGCCUAAGAUAGUGAAGCUCUAUGAGUCUCUCCUUUUUAACCCCGAGUAUGCGCAUCCCACGGAAGGGUUCUGGCGAGAGUUCUUCCUACUUCAGCCAGAUAGGGCUCAUCUAUCAAAGGCCAUAGCCUCGAUUAACCAUAAUGACAUGCUACACCUUCAAUCCCAAACCCAACAACUCUUUGCUCGUGCAAUACGGGAAGCAACUUCUGAUAACCCGAUAGCAAGUGCGCAUGCCUUGGAGACCUUGACGGCAUUCCUGGCGAGUGCGUUGGCAAAAAAGUACACCAACCCGAGCUCAGAUAUUAUUGCAAUUCUAGCCGGCCUCGACGAGGUUGAUCAUGUCUGCUCCGAGUUUGUAUCUGUCUUGGAUGGCAUCAUACGAAAUGGAAGCAACCUGGAAGUACGGCUGAAGGCGAUUGACGCCACCACAGCGAUGUUCAUUCACGAUUCUGAUACCCAUACGCAAGUAUUGAAGCCCUUCUUGUUACUUGGCCUUCUUGCCAACUACAAUAAAUUUGAUUUUCAAAACCCUUAUCAGCUACGACUGAAUGAUUUCGUAAACGAAAUCAAAAUACAGAAAGUUGUCAGAGGAGCCGGUGCGGCGUGUGCCUCACUCAGGAAUUCGUAUAUUGCCGUGCAAGAUGACCUUCCUGAAGGCUGGAAUUGGAGCACUACUCUAUCCUUCUUUAGCUUUGGCUUCUUCUCUAGCGGAGGGAAGCCCCAAAGUCAACCUCUAACUGCGGAAGAGAUGAAGGAGCGGUUUAAGUCACUUCCGUCGCCUGAAGCAGCAAUCUUGUUAGCCGUAUACGAUUUUGUGAAUGCGAACAAGCUCUUCGGCCAUACAUUAGUGACAACCAGCCCUGAGAAACGAUCCGAGGAGGCGCCUUUCGCAAGUUUCCUCUCGUUGACCUCAUAUCUUCUCCAACAUGCUUAUCGUUCAACUCGAGUUGCGCUGUAUGCGGAGGCCAAUCUCUUCUCGCUUCGAAACCUGGUUGAAGAUCCUGUCAUCUGCAAGCAAAUAUGCAGUGAUGAAAAUAGUUCCAGGGUGAGGCUGUGUCGUCAACGCGCUCCGCAUCUCCCUCUAGUGAAUGGGGAAAGGGUUCUUGCAACUGUCAUAUUCGACAUCUUGGUUGAUACCAUUAACCAUAACCUUCGUCGAAGCCUUGAUACGUACCUGUACAGCCACACAAUAACUACUCUCUUUCGCCUUCUUACAUAUGCUUCAUCUAAUAAAGUCCGCUUCUCAUACCACUGGUCCGAACUUUGGCGAAGCCUACUCACCCUCACACGCUUCCUAACCACUUACUCCGCCGACCUCGUACAUAGCCCGCAAAUCAAAACCCUCACGUCCGACCUAAUUGAUCUCAUCACAUUUUGCAUAUCCGCAGGUGACACUUUUCUUCCCGACCCUUCAUCCUACGACGACCUUUUCUACAAGGUUGUCGAAGCAGACUCUACCCUAACCCGUUUCCGCGACGUAUACAAACACCUAUCAACUGCACCAUCUCACUCUGCUAAUUCAACCAUUUCAAUCAACGCUCUCAUCAGCGUUUCAACACACUUCCACUCCCUUCUAUUUGUUUCAGAUACCCCGGAUGCAUCUCGUCCUAGUAGCAAGAACGGUGAAUCAGGCGCUACAUCCCCUGCUCCAACAGCAAGGAAGAAAAGGCUGAGUCCAAGGGAAGUCCAUCAGAUCAUCAAGGAGGGCUACUCAACGCUUAGUAUUAGAGCAAAUGAUGAUUUAACAAAUUGGGAAAAGUGGCGAGAUGCAGAUUGGAAACCGCAAUUGAAGCGCAUCGCUAGGGCUGCAGUGGAGGAUGUGACUGUUUUAGUAUCACAGCCAGAACAGGGACAGGUUUCAAUAGAGACUAAACACAAACCAAGUGUGUAA